GCAAAAAGCCAUUCAUCCUCUCCCACUCUAUCCCACACAACACUCAGUCUAAAGUAACAAGCACUCACUAACCACGAAAAUGACGAGCGAAACCACCGACAACCUCCCCGGCGACCCCCUCACCACCAAAAGCCAAGUGCUCGAGACCGGCGCCAAAGCCAUCCAGGACUUCGCCCCCGUGAAGAACAUCUGCGCGCACCUGAAUGCCUUCCACGUCUACGCAUCGGAUAAGACGCGGUGCGUCGAGGCGAAUCAUUACUGUAGCCAUAUUACGGAGGACAUCCGCCAAUGCCUCCUCUACGACACGCCGCAACCCAACGCCCGCCUCCUCGGAAUCGAAUACAUGAUCACGCCGCGCCUCUUCCGGACGCUCCCCGCCAGCGAACGCAAACUGUGGCACACGCACGAAUACGAAGUGAAAAGCGGAAUGCUCAUCAUGCCCUCGCCACGGGGCAUGCCGGAUGUAGCGUGGGAAGUGGCCGAGACGGCGGAGAUGAGAGACAUCGCGCCGCUGUAUGGCAAGACGUACCAUUUCUGGCAGGUGGAUCGCGGGGAUGUGGUGCCGAUGGGGGCGCCCGAGUUGAUGGGCAGGGGGUUGGCUGGUUUGGUGGGGGAGAGGGAUAGGAGGUUUGGGGUCGAUUGGAGGGGGAAGAGGGAGAAGAGGGGGGGAAUUGAUGUUGAGGGGGAGAGGGUGGAGGAUCAUCAUGAUCAUGAUUGAAGUAGCUGUAGCUGUAGCUGUAGCUGUAGCAGCAGUAGCAGCAGCAGCAGUCCAUUAACGCAGUCGUGUGCAUCAUUAAGCAGGUGAACUGGUCAUGGAUAGAUGCUGUGCGUGCAUCAAGCAUAUCGAGUCGAAUCGAGUCGAGUCAAGUCAAUCGAAUCGACCAUUUUCAUGGUGUCGUGGCGUUCGCGUCGCG